CUGCAAAUCACCAGCUUUCUUUGACCGCGCCCAAUGCUUGAUAUCCUUCUCAAUCGAAGCUGACAGAUUGAGAUGCCUUGACUCUUCGACUUUGUCUAGACACACGCCCUUCUCACGCCCGCGUAGACAAACUUCAGAACAUGCCUGGUCGCAGGGCUUGCGACAGAUGUUUUAAGGACAAGCAAAGAUGUAACUUCGAGGACGGUGAAGAAGCAUGUCUUGAGUGCGAGCUCUCGAAAUCAACUUGUACAACGUCCCGCUUACGAGUGCGCCAGGGACGACGUCCGAAGGUCAAGAAUCUUGGUCCCGAAGGCUCUGUUCAGGUAUGGGCUAUUGAUGGACCAUCGAAUUGCAAUGUUGCGGUUCCUAAGAACCAUGCCUUCGUACCUCAAGGAAGGCCCAAUCUUCUGAGUUUCAAUUUCUGGGGUACGCCUAAGUUUCUCACGGUAGCGGAACUUGCUACAGACUUGCGAGGAAAUGGCUUGCAGCCAAUUUCAAAUCCAAAGGAUGACCAAGUUUUGUCCUUGGCGUCGCCAUUCCAAGUCGACUCGCCCGAAGUUCUCAAACUUUUCACAGAUACAUAUGACCUAUUCAUGCUUGGCCCAAGCUUUGCUUGGGAAAUGCGUGCUGCUUUUCAAUAUUCUUACCUUUGCUCUCCAGUCCUCUUGCACGAUAUCAUUGCUGUGUUGUGGACAACCGUCAAACGGGCUAGAAACAACAUAGUCGCGUGGGACCAAGAUGAUGUCGCAAGAGGUGCCGUUAGUCUUCAGCAACUACGAACGGCGCGGAUAUCUGGCAUUGGCGAUGCUCUUGCAAUACUUGCUCUUGGCCAGACCCUAGCAGCUUUUGAUCUCCUCACUAGCUGUAAUGGCUCAACUUCGAUCUUACGAUAUUCGCUCACAUCAAUUCGUCCAUGGCACGAGAGAGUUGCAAGGAACCCGUUACUGGACCCUGUCAUCAUUGCAUCGAUUUUCUGGGACACUUUGAACUGUCUGAUGAAAAGCGAGAUUCCUAUUCUAGAGCAUAUCUUGGGGGACACUCCAAUUGUCGACCGGAUGGCAGGACAUUGCACAACUUUGCUUCCUGUAUUGUACAGCUUGUGUGUGGCGAGCAAAACUUUCACGGAUAGUCUUGCUGGCGCAGUGGCCGACAAUGCUGAUCUGGCACACAUUCAGCAGAAAGUAUUUUGGUGGCGGCCAGAAUCCCCUUCAGAUCUGACUGAGAAAUUUUCGGGUCAGGAAAUACUGAAGAUGGAAGCACAGGCUGCCAUGUAUCGAGUAGCAGUACUCCUAUUCUGUCAUAGAAUUUUGCACCCAAUAGGCACUCUCGAUGAAGUUGCUAAAGAGCAUGCCCACCUCAUUAUGUCCGAGUUCUCGAGGUACUCGGCAAUGCUCAAACCAGGAACACGCUUACAGAACGUUGGAUUUCCCAUUCUUCUCGUGGCGUUGGAGAUACCUGAUCUGCCUAAGGACAUCUGGAAUUAUAUCACGUUGUCGGCUGCGGCUCCAGUGUUCAUGUCGAAGAUAUCUGUUUUGAUAGACUGGGUGUGGAUGAAGCGGAGUAAUGGAUGUACGAGUUUUCUUCUGGACCUUGUCAAGCGUGGUCCUGAUUUCGUUGUAAUACCUUGAAGAGAAUGAAAUUCAAAUUGCUGGAGGAAAGGUGAUUUUACCGUUCCUUGACUAGGCCCUAGGACUCAGGUGUCUGAGAAUACAAAGCAAUGCUCAGCCUGCAUCAAAGCUAGAAUAGAAAUACCCCCAUAUCGGUCCGCUCAGCCACUAGGGCAUUGGAAUAUACCCAGGCUCAGCUCGACAAACGAUCUCACAACCUGUAUCUCUAUGUUCAUCUAAGUAGACCAUCACAACACAAAAGCUUGUAUUCAUUACUUGCGCAGAACUCCACAAGAUUCCCGACGGGAUAUCAUCACUUCCUUCCACCAAAUUUUAUCCUCUCCAGAAACUUCAGAACCCCCGCUGCCACUACUUCCGGACUCUCUAACAUUGGCGCAUGACCAACACCAGGCACUACCACAGUUUCUACAUCUUUGAAGUUCGAUGCCACCCAUUCGGCUUCUUUGAGUGGAUCCGACCAGUCAGGAUCCUUAUCCCCAAUGACCACCAACGCUGGAGCUUUGGUCUUUCCCAGCCACGGUGUGACAACAUUAUGAUUGGCACCCACAACAGUUGCAUGAAAUGCCGACCACCUCCCCGGUCGCUCGAGUAAUGCUGUAGAACUAUUCGCUCUCGCCUUCGACUUAUCUCCAAGACCAGGCCACAAUGUUCGAGAGUACGCUCUCCACACAUAUGGACCCCAAGGCCACCAAAGGGCCACACGAAGAAUUCCCAACAUGAGGGCAUUCCCUCCAUUCCGGAGGAAUGGCGCAAGAAGUAUCAAUCCAGCGACAGCUUCAGGAUUCUUCCCUGCUGCGAUGACACUCGCUCCAGCAGAUAACGACGCGCCGGCAAGAAUUGCAGGAGCCCCACCGAGAGCGCCAAUGAUCGCCAGGAAGUCAUCUGCCACCGCUUCGUCACCGUAAUGCUUGAAGUCAGCAGUACUAUCGCCGUGGCCACGAAGGUCGUAGCGAGCAACGCGAAAUCCUGCAGCGACAAGCUUGGCGGCGAGGGGACCGUAGGCAUCCCGAGUAUCACCCAUUCCGGGAGAACAGACAAUUAGAGGAGCAUUAUCCUUGCCUUCGACUUCUACGGCAAGCAUGCCGCCAUCGAUCGCGACUUGAGUGAUAGGCAUGGUCGUGAUGUCAAAAUUGAAGCUCCAAGAUGGUCAAGAUGUCGAUUGCCGAUGUAAGAGUCUUUUGUUGUCUACUCGGAUGCUCAAUAGAAGCUGUCUAAUUCGCAAGUUUCUUGUGACAAGCCAGAUGAGUGGUAUUAGAAUGAGGUUCAAGUUGCAGUGUGCAAAUGUGCAGCUCCCCAAGGUAAUAUAUACUAUUACUCAGAGCUAUGCACACAUGAUCCUUAUCAUACCGCUUCUCAAGCAUUCGAGGAUUGAUCAUUUACGUGUAAUGAGCCGCAAAGGUUCU